ACGGAGUGUAGCACUGUGGGGCGUUGCUCUCGGCGCACGCGAGGUUGGCUGGCCGAGACUGCGAAGCAGACGACUGCGAGCGUGCGUCUUUUUUUUUAAAAAACUCACCGAUUCUGUCGUGAGUAUAAAAGCCUGCAAACUGGCGUCAGAGGCCUCAGAAGCGGGCGAUCCAGGAUCAGCAGACGACCUCGUUGCUGCACAACCGCUUGCACACUACGAAGUUGAACAUAAAUUCUUCGAAGAGGAAUUGGAAGAAAUGGAGCACCAGCAAACGCAGCCGGGCGGCGCUACUGCGAAUGUUGUGAUAUCCGUGGACAACAGCACGCACAGCGAGUUUGCCUUCAACUACUACAUCAAAGAGAUUCACCGGCCAGGUUACCGUCUGCACGUGGUUCACUGCUCGGAGGCCUGGGCCCACCUAGCCUCCCUGGAGGAAGAUAGCAUUCACGACUUGAAGUUGAAGGAAGAUAACAAGAUCAAACUAAUGAAGGAGAAGUUCACCAAGCUGAUGGAAGAGAAUAAUGUGGAAGGAGAGUUCCACAUCCUGGGCGGGAAGGACACGUGGCACAAGGUGAUCGAGUACCAGCAUAACAUUAACGCCAUCAUGAUCGUGGUGGGGUCACGUGGCCUCAACGCCAUCCGCCGGACCUUCAUGGGCAGCGUCAGCGACAGCAUCGUGCAUCACGCCUCCUGCCCCGUUCUCGUCUGCCGACACCCGUGAUGCCGGCGACACAGACUGACCUUUCGCCUUGACCCUUGACCUUUCCUUCGCCCCCUCCUUAUCGUGUCAUUGACCCUCCAUGCUUUGUCUAGCCGUGUACCCAUGCAUGUUGAUUAUAAAAGAGUUUAAAACGUAUGUAAGUGUGUGUGUGUCAGAUGCUGCCCAGACAGAUACAGCGGCAAAGUGCUGCACAUGUUUUGUAGCUUGAAUUUGAAUCUUUAUGUUUGAGACAGUUAAUCUCCCCCAAUUGCUACUUUCUACCCCGUUGCCCCACCAACCGCAUCCCCCUUCUUUUCUCCGGGACCCUUCAUACAAGAGCGAAGGCUCUAGUGGCUGUUCUCCCCCACCCUUACCCUAUUUGUUUGUUGCCUGCAUUCGGUUGAAGUUUGUUUACUAAGGGGGACAACUGCCAUUAAUGGUUUCCUGGUAACAUUAGUUUGAGUGAAAACAAGUGACCUCUUCAGCUCGGUUACAGAGUAAAAUAGCGAAAAUAGAUCCUCAGGUAUAAGUUUAAUUUUAAUCAUUUCUUAUCGGUUCCUUUUUUAUUAUUCAACCUUUGAGAAUAUCAUUCAUUUGAUUAUCUCGGUUGGAUUGAGACUCGUUCCUUGCUGCACCUGGCAUUUAAAAAAAAACUCUCAUUGUUAGCAGUAUUUAUACAACUCUCUUGACAUGCACCUCUCAGUGGCUUCUGGGAUUUCCGGGAAGCUUUAGCUCAUCUCCUUGCAAAAAGAUUUGUUUCUGAUGCACCAAAAAAAAAAAAAAAAGAAAAAAAAGAAAAGAAAAGAAAAGAAAAGCGCGGGAGGCGGAUUUCGGGUAGGGGGAAGGACAUUCUUAGUCUCAUUCCUCACUCUCUCCUUUCCCUGAGACAUUAAAAAGCGUGCGAGUUCCAUAAUCGGAAAACAUCUGGCACGUGCCGCAUUAAAUUACAUCACGUGUCAGGCAUUGUCAAAUUAGUGGAUGAGUAUGUUCUGUAAUCAAACAUCCUUUGAUACUGAAGUCUUCUUGAGCGUUAUGAACACGCCUUGAAUCUUUUCUUUGUUUAUAAGUUUUAUUUUUGUGGAGGUGGUUCCCUUCCUAGCCAUCAACAUAAUUUAAUGUUCGACGUAUCAUAUACGAGAAUUAAUCACACCUUUGUAGUCUUGAUAACAUCCUGGUUAUUUCAGUGUUGUGUGUUUCGUGUCAUAUGAGUUCAUGUCGAUCAGCCUAGCCAGUGAUCGUUGUUUCUUACAGCAUUUGCCAAGCUUUGCUGUGCAAAUAUUUUAGCCUGCAUUGCCAACAGUCGGUGCGGUGAUGCCGCGCCCUCGACUGUUCUGCCCUGUUGAUAAACGGUGCACGAUUCUGUAAACUGAUCGAGCGACUUGGGGGGGCCUCCUAGAACUGUUCCAGAAGCACAGAUGGAGUGACAUCCAGCCAGCACUGUUACUGUAUGGCAGUACAUUUUAUAAUGGAAGUCGACAUGCCAGUUGCUCACAAACAAAUUACAAAUAUUGAAUUUGAGAAGGGCGAUCGAUAGGACAGCUAUUGUCUCUACACUUCCUUCUUCUGAGUUGAUUAGAACGGGGGUGAUGCGUUCGAUGCCCAGCUGCAUCCUGUCGGGGAAGCAAUAUUGUGUAAUGCAAUGCGAAAUUAAACAGAGCUAACUGUUCCUGGUGUAAAUUCUUAAUAGUUCUGCUUGUGAUGUACAAAAAAUGAAAUGUAGAGAAAUAAUCAUUCACCUUUAAUGCACAAAAUGUUCAACUUAAGAGGAAAAUGCUUUAGGUCUCAGCACUGUAAUCUUAAAGGAUAAGUGUUAUCGCCUACUUAACAGAUUUCCAUGAGAGUAAUCAUUGUCAUUCCUGCCAUGGGACACGUGCAUUUUUUUCCCCACACUUGUAAUCCUGUCUCAGAUUGACAUGCAUGCGGAAUUUUCAGGACAAGUUUAAAAUUCUAUCGCAUCUCGUAUUGUCGAAUGCCAGGUGCUCGGCCUACUUUUGAUUACGAGCAAUCAUUUCAAUGGAAAUGAGCCAUGAUACAGUUUUUGCAGGAAACCAGACAAGGCUGUUUUCUCGGCAAACUAAACCGAUUUGGCUCGUUGGGGUAGGGAGGGAUAGAGAGCAGGUGUUCCCAGCAUCGUAGUUACAAGGAGAAAAGUGCGAGAAAAAGUGAGUUCAGAGUGUGACCUCUGCCUUACAGGUGUGUUGCUAACAAUCUGAAGGUUCACUGCAAACCCUUUGUGCUCCUUGUAUUUCUUUCUUUUUUUCUUUUUUUUUUUCCAUAAUUUGUUUAACACAUCCUCGAUCUAGGGCGACAUGGUUUGAUUGAUAUCGAGUGAUUGUGGCAAAGCUGUAUUAUAAAGGAGAUAUAUUCGUAAAGUGUGGACUACCAAUGUUAUUUUUAAAGGUUUGUUUUAUUGGUUUUUUAAAAUAUUGAUGCGGUACUCACGUGACAUUUUGAAGACCAAUGCUCAAAGCACGCUUCACUCCUGUGUAUUGCUGACCGAAUCUUUCUCAGUACAAGACAAAAAUUUGUAAAAACCAAUUAAUAAUCCACAAACUGAAAGAGUGGAAGACUGUUAAUUGACUCUUUUAUGAGAUUCGUCUGAGGUUCGUGCGCACGUAAACUGAAUGCAUUUUCCCGAAAAUUGUAACACGAUGCAGAGUUGUUGUCACUGCGACCAAGUACUAUGACAUAAUUAUCAUAAUUUCUUUUUGAAAUAAAGUUUAAGCCAAAG